AUGGUUUCCCUCUCCGACCUUCUUCCUCCUGCCAAGGGCAUUUUGCCCUACUACAUGCUCUUGCUUUCUCUCCUCGCCAUUGGCAACUCGGCCCAGAACUACCUGACAUUGCACUACUCUCGUCGCGUCUACAACGGAAAGUUCGUUCGCAACAGCUCGCUCCCCCCUCGUUCCGAAACCUACAAUCCCGAGGACUCGGUCAAGAAAUACGUCCCCGCCCCCGCUGGCGCAAAGGAGUCUGAGACCUUGGAUCAGGGCACGCCGCUUGCGGCGCGCUGCUUCGGCACCUGGACGCUGCUUACAAGCAUUGUCCGCCUGUACUGUGCCUACCACCUGCAUCACGCGCACAUGUACGAUCUCGCCAUCUGGACCUACGUUGUUGCGCUGGGCCACUUCGCCAGCGAGCUGUUCGUCUUUAAGAGCAUGACUUUCGGCGUCCCCCAGGCGUUCCCCUUCACGCUGGCUACGGUUGCUCUGAUCUGGAUGCCCCAGGUUCGCUCCUUCUACGUGGACAGCCCAUAG